CAUGCACACAUUAUAUCCUCCCAAGUAAUCAACUCUUUAAGGGGCUGUCCCACUGCGGCGAUCUAAUACGUGAGUUUUGAAGAGUUUGCCCUAGAAUCAUACUCACAGCAUGGUCGACACAAGGUCCCAGGAGAUCUUUGUUAGGUCGCGGCGCAUUCCAUCUCCCCAAGGAUGCUGCCUGGCCCACUGAGCUACUCUAGCAUUUUGUGUCUAUCUUCGGUGUACACCAGCAUCUGCAGUUCCUUCCUACACACUUGUUCUCGGAUUUGCUGGCUGUUAAUAUCCGGGAUAGACUAACAAGGGAUUCGGUUUGUGCCAACAGUUGCCGAUGUGUUUUGGACCUAAAUAAUUCAGCAUGUUUGUAGAACCACCCUCCUCUGGCAAUGACUGGGAGGAGGAGGUGGUGGGAAGAGCAUGGGGGGAGGAGACCAACGCUAUUAAAGUGCGCUGAGGUUGCAAACUGAUCCAUUUGGAAAGAUUGUUGCGGAAGGAGAAGAGGAGUCGCUUGAGCAGCUGACAACUACAUUUUAUCGAAGGAUUGCAAACCAUACUGUUCUGGUUGAGAAUUGGAAUUGCAAUGAGGAAUAUGAAUAUUUUGCUUGUCCUGUGUGUGGCUGUGGGGUCAUUUCCUUGCCUAUUGGGAAAGCCGAAAACAUCGGAGGUUGGGUCAGAUUUGGGGAUGAAGAUUUUCAAUCGGGUUGCUACGUCCCAACCAACAGAAAACAUUGUCAUGUCUCCACAUGGAAUGGUAUCAUUGCUUUGGAUACUGCAAUUCGGAGCUGAUGGAAUAACAAAAAAGGAAUUGAACGAUGUUUUGAAAUACAGCCGACUUGGUACUUAUACACGGCUCAAAAAGGUACAUAAGUCAUUAACUGCAAGCAAAAGUAAGAACGUCGUUACUUUUGCUAAUGGAAUAUUUGUACCACGUGACCUUGUAUUAAAAAAAGGCUUUGUUAAGCAGUGUUCUGAAACGUAUCAAACUGAGCCGACAAAUGUGAAUUAUGCCGAACCUGAAGAAGCUGCUUCAAUAAUCAACAAAUGGGCCGGUUCUCAUACUAAAGGUAUGAUCACAGAGAUAAUUUCCCCAGACAUUCUGAAUGAUGCUACCAAGCUUGUAGUUACCAGUGCGAUAUAUUUUAAGGGUUUAUGGAAAUCUAAAUUUGACGUAGCAAAGACGCACGAAGGGGAUUUCACUGGAGCUGAUGGAGAUGUGUCUCAAGUUCCGAUGAUGGUCCAAACUUCAAAAUUCAUGUUUGGUAAGGCCAGUACGCCUAACAAAGUGGAAUAUAAUGUUCUCCAGCUACCAUACAAUGAGGCAGUCAGUAUGUUUAUUAUCCUUCCAGUGGAUAGUAGCACUGCACUCACUGAAAUAAUUCCUCACAUCAAUAUAAAUAGCAUAAAUGCGUGGAAGAAAAUCUUGAAGAGUAAUAAACUUGACAUUUCUAUACCUAGAUUCACUGUUGAGUCAGAGACUAACUUGGAGGAACUACUUGCACCUCUUGGAAUCACAAAGAUAUUUGAUAAAAACACAGCAAAUUUCAAAAAGCUCUCUACGUUUCGUGGUCUGUAUGUUUCCCAAAUCCUGCAGAAGGCUAAAAUUGAAGUAAACGAGGAUGGUACGAAGGCCUCUGGAAUGUCAGCUGCACUGCUUAAGCUUAAGUCGCGCUCUACUCAAUUUGCAGUAAAUAGACCCUUUCUUUAUAUCAUCUGGCACCAAUCUACAGGCACCAUCCUUUUCGCUGGACAAGUUGCAAAACCAUAAGAAGGCAAAGUUGAAGGAAAACAAUUUAGAAACUUGGUCAAACAUUCACGGCAGUAGUUUAGUUGUUAAAAGCUAUUUUAUUAUUUAUGACCAGUGAGUUGAAAACUAGUUGAGUAAUAUGUAUAUUUUUUCCUUGCUUACAAUGAUUAAUUGCAAUGUUUCCUAACCAUCCGUAUGCAACUGCUUAAUUUAAUCCAGUAUUGUAAUUAUUCAAGUCAUGAUAUAAUCAAAUAUUACUUUUGAAAUAGAAAUAUUCCGAGCGUUUCCACACAAAAUGCCAAUUGUUUGAUAGAAAAUAGGGGUUGCUCAUGGACGGGAAAAGGGUUCUAUUGAAGCAAAUGUGAUAUUAACUAAAGGUGUUGGAUGUUAUUUUUAGUAGUCCAAGAUACCUUUAGAAUAUCCUUUUUUGCACUAUCCCCUUAAGUGCCAUUAGCUGUAUUAAAUCCAUCUCAAACUUCUACAAACAAGACAAGUUUAUCCAGUUUAAUGUCAACUUUCAGGGAAUAACUAUGAGAAAUACCAGUUGAUUUCCAUGACUAAACCCUGCGGUAAUCUUUGAAACGGGAUAUGAAGAUCAAAUACAGAUAUGAAAAUCAAAUUGUAAAGAUAUAUUUGAAUUUACACCUUUAACGAAAUCCAUAUUUUAAUAACUUUUUCUGCAGACUUAAAUUUUAUUUGUUAGGUUAGGAAAAUGUUUGCUUCCUCUCUGUCCCCAAAGUGCAUAAAAUGUGAAAUGUAGUGGGGAGUUUUAUUAAAUGUCCUUCAAAAUUUGGUUGAUUAAUUCUAUUUAAUCUAUCAAGAGAUGGCUUGUUUUUCGAUAACGUGCAACUUGGUACUUCAAAAAUGAGAGGUUUUUGCUUAAACAAUGGAGAACUUGCAGGAUAUCCGUCAAUAAAAUAAUUUGAUCUGCCAUGUGUUUCAAUGCUUUUGUCAGAUAAAGAUAAUAUAAGUUUUAGCCAAUUUGCGUAGCAAGGAACUGCAGAUCAUAAGUGACUGCAGGAUUAGGCCAUGCGGCCCAUCAAGUCUACUCUGCCAUUUAAUGAUGGCUAAUCUAUCUCUCCUUUCUAACCCCAUUCUCCUGCCUUCGCCCCAUAACCUGACACCCGUAUUAAUCAAGAAUUUAUCUAUCUCUGCCUUAAACAUAUCCAUUGACGGCCUCCACAGAUUCACCACCCUCUCACAAAAGAAAUUCCUCCAUCUCCUUAAACUCUCCCACGUAGUUAAUGCUACAAGGAGGGUUUAAACUAGAUUGGCAGGGGGGGAUGAGAUAUUGUGCAGGACAGAGGCACAGGAGAGGCCUGAUGUUGGUAUGUAGGGUGGUGUGGGAAAGGUUAAUGGACAGAAUUGGCAAAAAGCCGGAGAGCGAGGUGGGAGGGUUGGUUUAAACUGCAUGUAUUUUAAUGCAAUGGGCUUGACGGGUAAGGUAGAUGAGCUUAGGGCGUAGGUACGUACGAGCAACUGGGACGUUAUCGCCAUGACUGAAACCUGGUUAAGGGAGGGGAAGGACAAUUACUCAAUGUUGCGGGGUACAGGAGCUUUAGGA